AUGCAAAAAGUCUGCAACGUUUGGACCCGAUCGGAUCAUUGCAAGUGGGUCAAAAGUCCAGAAAAUCUGGUGCCGGUCUUUUGCCUACUUGGAACGUCACAACUCCAUAAACCUUGCGACUUUCAAGUCUUGUGUGAAAACGUUGAAACUUUUUGUAUUUCUGCCUAGCCUCAAAUGAAAAUGCCUCUCUAUUUCCUCUUUUUCCUUAUUUUCCCCCUGAAUGUCUCUUCCAAAGACACUGUAGACAUCACGGGCGUGGCGAAAUGCGGCCGUACUUCAAGAUUCUUCCGAACUCAACUCGUCCCGUUCCUCAAAGCGUUUCCGUCGAUUCCAAAGGACCUCAACAUUACCUAUCACCCGUUUUCCUAUGGAUCCAAGCGGAUCAACGGUUCCAUUGUGUUCGUUUUGUUCGAAAUGUGUUCAAAGCAUUAUCGAUUCAUCAUUUUUUCAGAGCAGACUGUGCAAAUGGGGCGUUGGAGUGUGAGCUGUGCAAACUUCAGAGUUGCUCGAAGAAAUACUUCCAAAACGCCAACUCCACAGCACUUUUAUCGCUAGCUUCUUGUCUUCAAGAUCAGAGAAGCGUUGACAAUGCGAAAAAUUGUCUGCCGAACGGAAAAACUGGAGAUUUGUAAGUUCUUACUCGUUUUUUCAAUCAUAUAUUUGAUUUACUCGCUCAGAAUAGCCGAUUGCGCCUCGUCGAUUGAAGGCGACACUCUGUUUCUGGCGGAACCAUUUCCGCCUGGAGUCGAUUCGAUUGUAAUUCAAAGAAGGACCAGGGGAACCCUGCGAGUUGCCUUUUAUCAUUAGCAGGGAAGAGUUCCAACACCCGCGUUUUCUAGGCCACGCUGUUCCGUUCAUAGCCACAAAAACUCGCAGGCUUCCCCGGGUACACGGUCUCCAGAGCUGACAAUAUGGGCGUGGCCUCGGCCUCGGCCAAAUGACGUUUUCAUGAAUUGAGCACGUUUUCUCUGAUUUUUGUGGUCAAAGGCGAUGAAAAAUUAUUGUUCGACAUAAAAACACACUAAUUCUCAGAAUUAAUGACGUUUUGGCGCAUUUUUUGCGGACUGCUGUUUCGCCUUCGCCGCCUAAAAACCGCACUUCUCAUUUUGCGCUUUCUUGACCGUUUUCCGACAGAAUUGGUUUUGAGAAUGAUAAAUCACGUAAAUACAAGCAUUUUGAGCGCUCGAACCGCGAAAAUUACCGAAAAGCAACUGAAAUUCACGCAGUUUUAGCCAAAAACCUUCAAACGGAUAAAUGUGAUUUGCGACUUGACCAAAUUUAGCGCUCUUGCGCUUCAGAAACUCGUAAUGGCCCAUAAAAUCGGUCUAUCGAGAGACGAAUAAGAAAUUAUCGGUUUUUCGUGGCUAAUCUCGCAAAAAACACAAAUUUUGCUGUUAAAAUUUGAAUUUCGCGCCAAUGUAUCGCUCUAUUGGGCGGGGCGCACUUGCGCGCCCAUUGUCAGCUCUGGAGACCGUGGGGUCCUUUAAAGUUUUGAACGUGAAAUUGAGAAAAACGUGUGUUCAGUCGCUUCCUUGGAUCGUAAUCAACGGAGAACACGUGGCCGAGGCGUAUUACAACUUUCGAAAAUUCAUUUGUCAACUCGAAUCGGCGAAACGAGACAAGCGUUGUUUGAGGAAGUAA